AUGAUACAUCUGAAUAAGAAGAAGGAGAAGGAGAACGAGCACGUCGUCACGUCUACAAUAGUGAUUCCGGUGACCGAGUUUCGGACCAAGGUAUGAAGAGAUCUGAAAGCGGCUUCACGAAAAGACGCUCUAUUUCAGUGGCAACGAGUGUGGCCCAACGAUGAGAAGAACAUGAAGACGGUUACGAGUCAGGUGAGCGUCAAACAUUGCAAAGUUUUAGUUGAUCAUGGCUUCCCGGAACAUGCAAACGCUUCUAAAGUUCAUCUUCGAUUUUCAGGAAUCCUUUGUCCGUUCUCGAGUCCAACGCUACAGCGUCGGCGAUUCGGAGCAGAUUUCCAAACAAGUGAGUCAUGCGAACACACCCGUCGUUCCCACAAUUCUCCCGUUUUCAGAUUGGCUACGUGAACACUGUCAACACGGCGCGCGUCUAUUCGGUGAGCAAGCCGCCUCUUUGAUUUUUCCAUGUGACUCUCCAUUUCAGGACGGCGAGCAAACGUGGUGCUGGGUGGUGCACAAUAAAUUGGCGCCCGAGACGACGCAAGUGUACACUUCCACAUGCUUUAUUCAACCAACUGCUAACACAAAAAGAUAG